AUGGCUGAGCUCCACUUUGGACUAGCUGCUUACUCAAGUAAAAUAAUGGGCCUUGCUGCAUCAUCCGGCCACGCUUCAUUGCAUUGGGUUAUCCUCCCAGCGCAGAAUGGUGAACCGAAGUCAGAAAUGAAAUCUUCUCCAGUUUAAUGAAUAUUUUUCCUAACAGCUGGUUGCCUGGAGGCAAAUGACCAGGUGGGCGGGUUCCCCGUGACGGACAUCCCCCUCGGUUCACCCCUGAGCGCUGUAAUUUGCAAUGUUUCCGUUACGAUUUCCUAUCGGCUUGACAGGUGGUUCGACGAUAAUGGAACAAGCGGAGAGUGCCACCCAGUUUAUUCAGGACCUUCAGGUGUCUGGUUUGCGCAUUUUGCGACAUGUGUCACACCUUGGGCGGCGAUUUACUUCGAAGUGCGCCGGUGCCCCUCAUACGUGUGCGAAGGUUGGGUCUGGGGAGCGACCAACUCUUCAAGUUAAGGGCUAUGUCGUGUAUGCUCAGUCUCGGAUCAGAGAAGUGUAUAAAUAUUGUAAAUAAUUAGUUGAACUGCUUUCCGAAACCGAUAAGCACAGACAGUAAUGAGGAC